GCUGCGGGGCCCCGGGGUCGCGCCGUCGCUGAGGAGAGGAAGAGGCGCCGCCGCCGCCAUCGUCAUCGUCACCCUCCGCCAUCCCGGCCCCGGCACGAUGUCAGAAGAUCUAGCAAAACAACUUGCCAGCUACAAGGCUCAACUCCAGCAAGUUGAGGCGGCGUUAUCGGGCAAUGGAGAAAAUGAAGACCUACUAAAGUUGAAAAAAGAUUUGCAGGAAGUUAUAGAAUUAACCAAAGACCUUCUAUCAACACAACCUUCUGAGACCCUUACAAGUUCAGACAGUUCUGCUUCUGCCCAGCCCUCUCACUCCUGGAAAGUGGGCGAUAAAUGUAUGGCAGUCUGGAGUGAAGAUGGACAGUGUUAUGAAGCGGAAAUUGAAGAGAUUGAUGAAGAGAAUGGUACUGCUGCCAUCACGUUUGCUGGCUAUGGCAAUGCCGAAGUCACCCCACUGCUGAAUCUCAAACCUGUGGAGGAAGGAAGGAAGGCCAAAGAAGAUAGUGGCAACAAGCCCAUGUCAAAAAAAGAAAUGAUUGCCCAGCAACGAGAAUAUAAAAAAAAGAAAGCGUUGAAAAAAGCCCAGAGAAUCAAAGAACUUGAGCAGGAAAGAGAAGACCAAAAGGUGAAGUGGCAACAAUUCAACAAUCGAGCUUAUUCAAAAAACAAAAAAGGACAGGUCAAGAGGAGUAUUUUUGCUUCCCCCGAGAGUGUAACUGGCAAAGUUGGCGUAGGAACUUGUGGAAUUGCCGAUAAACCCAUGACACAGUAUCAAGAUACCUCUAAAUACAAUGUCAGGCAUCUAAUGCCUCAGUAAUGAGAUAAACUGCUGGAUUUCAUCUCUGCAGGGCUUUACAUUUACCUUUUUAACCUUAUAUUUUUCUAAAGGUAAAUUAUUUGUUAGAUGUGUAAGGAAGCGACCAUUGUCACCAUUUUCUGACUUCAAACAAUAGAAAGAGCCGUGAAGAAGUUGCAUUUGAUUAAGUACUGUCCGGCUUUUGUUCUUCAUUACCUCCAGCACCAUUCCCCCCAAGGGUUACCUUCCCUAACCAACUUCCAUAGACUCAAGCAGCCUACCUAGAACAUUGGGAUGAAAUGUCGACUUUCCAAAUCUCAGACUUGACGAGUGGAGAUAUGUGCUCUUUCCAAGUCGAAUGUGACCCUCUCUGACAUUUUGAAUUCGGCUGGUCCUCUCAACAAUGCAUUGGAGCAUUAUGCAAAAUCUCCAUCCUUGCUGAACAGGUGUUUGUUUUUGCCCAGUUCCCUAGAAAAUGGCAACCGUUGUUUUAAGGUAUCUGCCCCUUCAGUAAUUAGUGUUCAAGUUUCUAAAGCAUUUGGGGGAUUAAUUUCAAUCCUAUUAGACUUUUCGAUGAGACUUUGUUGCAUGUGAAAGCAAAACCAUGUCUAAAACCACCGGCUUUUUUAAGUUUUUAUAUUUGUUUGCUUUCUUCCCCACUGACGGUAGUGGUUCCAUCUUCGGAGGUGUAAUGUUUGUAUGAAGAAAAAAAAAGCUAAUGUAUAGCCCUGUAUACAGUGUAGAUAUUAUUUUUGUAAAAAAACAAGGCUGAAUUAAUGAACAAGAGUACUCUGGGUGGCUGAACCAUUGAACUCUAUGUAUGUCUUGUGCAUUAAUCUGACCACAUUUUCCCUGUAUAUUAUGUUCAUGUAGCUGUUUGUAAUUUUUGUUAACUAGAUCAGGUUGUCAGCAUUUGUUGAUGCAAAUGACCAUCACAGUUACCUGAGUUGCAUUCAGUUUGAGCUAAAUCUGAAACUGAUAGUUUAGAAUUACCUGCAUAGAAAAAGUUCUUCCUAUUAAUGGAAGAAGGUGAUUUUUAUGACAAGUGUGUUAAUUUCAGUUUUGUAUGUUUAACUUUUAUUAAAUAAAGUGUUCUAAAAUCUCAAA